CAUUGUCACAGGUUUCCAAUCGCURGAAGGCAUUCCCUUGAACAUUUCUGCAAAAGAACAUCUUCUUACUUAAUUUUUCGCAAUUCUAUAAACCUUGAUAUCUACAGCUUAAAAUUACAAUGUCUAGUGAAAAAGUGAAGAUUCUAGUGACAGGAGGGACCGGUUUGGUUGGAAAAGCUAUCGCGAAAAUUGUAAACACUGAAGAAAAUCGGGCAAAUGAAGAAUGGAUUUUUGUAUCAUCGAAAGAUGCUGACUUGACGGAUUUUGACGCUACCAAAGCACUUUUUGAGAAAUAUAGUCCGACCUAUGUCAUCCACCUUGCUGCUAUGGUUGGAGGUCUAUUCAAAAACCUGAAAUAUAACUUAGACUUUUGGAGGAUGAAUAUCAAGAUUAAUGACAACGUCCUUCAUAAUGCAUACUUGCAUAAAGUCAAAAAAUGUGUUUCUUGUUUGUCAACGUGUAUAUUCCCAGACAAGACAACCUAUCCAAUAGAUGAGACAAUGGUUCACAAUGGUCCACCACAUGACUCCAACUUUGGCUAUGCAUAUGCCAAGCGAAUGAUAGAUGUACAGAAUAGAGCAUAUCAUAAACAGCAUGGAUGUCAGUUUACUAGCGUUAUUCCUACCAAUGUAUAUGGUGCACAUGAUAACUACAACCUUGAAGACUCCCAUGUCAUCCCUGGUYUGAUUCACAAGUGUUACAUGGCAAUGAAAAAAGAUGAGCCCCUAGUUGUAUGGGGCACAGGAAAACCAAGGCGUCAGUUCAUCUAUUCACUGGAUUUGGCUCGUCUGAUGAUCUGGGCUCUUAGAGAAUAUAAUGAAAUUGACCCUAUCAUUCUAUCAGUCAGUGAGGAUGAAGAAAUAUCCAUCAAAGAGGUUGCUGAGCUGGUUGCCAAGGGAAUGGGAAUGACCAAAGAACUCGUUUUUGACACAACAAAAUCAGAUGGACAGUUCAAGAAGACUGCCAGUAACGACAAACUCAGGAAACUUAGACCAGAUUUCAAGUUUACAGACCCAAGCAUUGCCAUCAAAGAAAGCUGUCAAUGGUUUCUUGAUAACUAUGAGACGUGUCGCAAAUAACCACUGGAGAGUUCAAUUGGAUUAGUCAUACUCAGGCAGUGUAGAAACGAAGUUAGUCUCCUUCGCAGCCAACUCUUUUGCCGGGCUUCCUGUUCAGUUCAACAAAGACAGGAAGCCCGACAAAAGUGUAGGCUGCAAAGAAGACUAAAACGUAGUUCGACGCUAUUUAUUUAACCUUUAUAGGACUAUUUUCACUGAAGAGUGAGGAAGUCAUUUAUCUCGUGAAACAAAAUUAAGUAUUAACGUGUUAAAGUCGAAUAGACGACUCAAAAGAAAACAAUGCAAAAGAUAAGCGUUUUCAUUCAGUUGUAAAUUUUCUUGAGAAAACUUGAACAAUGCUAAAACGCGUGUUGGAACAAUACUCCAAUUUCGAGUUYUGGUUUGCUCUGUGUUAGCCUCAAAACCAAGUAACAUAUUCUUUUGUUUCAUUUAUAAGCCGAGAAAACGCAUGGAAUUCGAAAAGAAAGACAAUAGAAUUGAUUUGAAAUCUCACACUUUUAUUCUCACAAUUAGGAAUAUUUUGCGCACAAAUGAGGCUAACACAGAGCAUUGGAGAAUUCGAAACUGAAUUAUUCUGAAGUUCCAGGUGAUCAUAUGGUAACUAGGCCUUAACGAAAUGUUUAUUCCACGACUUUUUUUUACUCUAAACGUAGACGCAGAAAUAGGGGUUAGCCACUGUGAAAAUAAGCAAACUACGCCGACUGAUUCAGUGUUUACAGCUAGCAAAAUAACAAAUGCACAUGCCCCUUACUGCAUCCUUCACGAAUGACUCGGYCCUCAGCAGUCUAAGAAUUGAUAUAUAAAGAUAGCACAUAAUCAUUGGCCAAUAUAGGGGCAGCUGUGCCCACCACAAGGGACGCAUUGUAGGGGAUGAUGGGCUGCCUGCGACAUCAUUGUCAAAGGUACACAUUAAAAAAGAAGAGAAAUCUGACCGUUCUUAUUACGCUUGUGAGCGAUUAUUUCCAUUACACGUUUGCACUAAAAAAUAUUGUUUGCUAUCAUUUCCUAUGUAAUGACCUCCCAAUGGUACUCUGAGAACCAGUAGAAGCGUAUAAGGCAUGUUCCAUUGGACAUAUACAAUAAUAGUCAAAGKGUUAUGGGGACACUCAAAGCAAUUUCCCUCCGGAUUUUAAAAUAUCAAGCGGUAAUUGGACGUACUACGGACUUGAGAUUUUUCAUGCCGUUGUUUGUAGUUGGUCUCAAGCAUGUAAACGCGGGUUUAUCGCUACUAUCCAAAGAUGGAGGCUUGAUUUGAACCCACUAUCCCCCUUUGCAGCCAAUAAUCCAGUUUCGAAUUCUCCAAUGCUCUGUGUUAGCUUCAUUUGUGCGCAAAAUAUUCCUAAUUGUGAGAAUAAAAGUGUGACAUUUUAAAUAAA